AUGUCACAACAAUGUUUUUCUAGUUCCAAUAGCUCUAGUGACAGUGAUGAUGAUGAAGAUGAUUAUGCAGCGAUACUUAUGAUUAUUGCUGCAUGUGUAUUGAUGGAUGACAUAGAGAGGACUCCAUGUAGAACCUCAAUCCUUUCAGGUUCUAUAGAUGGAACGCAUUUGGUAGCUUGGGCACCUGCAUCAAAGCAAACUACAUUUCGUGGUAGAAAAGGAGGAAUGGUGACUCAAAAUGUCAUGGCGGUUUGCUCGCAUGACAUGAUGUUUACAUUCGUAUAUGCGGGUUGGGAAGGAAGUGCGAAUGAUUCUCGCAUAUUCUUAGAUGCACUUUCAAAGCCUGAAAUUCGGUUUCCCAUGCCACCCGAAGGUCAUUACUAUGUUGUUGAUGGUGGUUACCCAAAUGCGAGAUUUCCAAUUCUAAAGUUCAUUAAUGCUUACCCAUUGGUUAGACAAAGCCAAAUUCCUAUUGCAUGUUGUGCAUUACACAAUUUCAUACGGUUGAAAGACAUGGAUGAUCAAUUAGCUAGCAUGUACGCCAUGCAAGAUAUGAUUUUGGAUGAUGAUGGUGGAAGCACUAGUGGAGUUGGAAAUGAUAUCAUACAAUUAGAUAUGAGUCAACAACAUCAAAUGCUACAAGUGCGUGAAGACAUUGCAAAUGCAAUAUGGGCAAAUUAUAAUCAUUGA